CUUAUUUCUUCUUCAUUAAGGCAAAUUGGUUAUAUAUCAUCUUGGGGGAGAUUAUGUUAAAAUUAACAAUUUACUUCACUCACUGGAGCUUUCAAUUCGUUAGGAGCAAUGGAGGAGCCACUGUUGACAGGGAAAGCAGCAAGCGAAACAGGUCAAAGAGGGAGUGAGAGAUGGAGCUCUUAUGAGAAUGUGGGAAGGGCGGGCUCUGUGAUUCCUACGACUUCUUUGGCCGGAUCAGAAGUCAGCGUCGAUGAGAUUCGGUCUGCUGCUUCUAUGUCAGUUCCUUACUCUCCUUCUCUCCAUGCCCCCUUGGUCAGCUCUCCCCAAUCCCAAUCUCAGCCACAAUUUUAUGCAGAGCAAGGGAUUGUUUAUCAGGGUGGGUACUAUGGAGCUGCAGGUGAAACUGCCAGUGAUGCAAGGAGGCAAGUGCUGGACGAGGUAGAAGUACGAGAGUUGCUUAUAGAUCAUGUUGGCCAUCGCUGCUGUUGGGGAAGUCGACCAGCUCGGACCUGGAAGAUUCAUGCAAUUGAAGACUGCAAUGUCUAUGUGGGGACGCUAGAAACUUUCGCAGAAGAGAGAGAUACAAUUAUAGAGAAGGAGCCAUACUCCAGUGGCAGCAUUGACGGAAAAGAUAAAGGGCCUGAAAUGGGAAUAUGGGAAUUGGAUUUAAGGUCUGAAUUUCCUGUUUUGUUUGUACCUUACAAGGAGUCACGACUGAGAAUUCCUCAUUCGGAAACUAUAGAGAAAUGUUCAGCUUGUGAUGGUCGAGGAAAUGUAGUUUGUCCUACUUGCAAUGCAGAUCAAGAGCCAGGGUUUUACAAGGAGGGUCAAAUGGCCCAGUGUCCUACUUGCUACGGAAGGGGUCUAAUUGCUCACAAGGACGGAUCUGACUCAAUAUGCCUGAAGUGUAAAGGUAACGGGAAACUUCCUUGUGUGACAUGUGAAUCUCGUGGCCUGAUCAAAUGCCAAACAUGCCAAGGUGGUGGUUCUCUUUUGUCACGGAAAGUAGCUGUUGUUAGAUGGAGGACACUUUCAACCCGGAAAGUAAACGCUACAAGUGGAGCAGGUUCUGUUCCAGAUGACGUGUUUCACCGAGCAAAGGGAGUUCAGUUGUGCAAUAACCAAGCUUACCAGUGCACUCCAGCCUACUUUGCUGAUUCAUAUUUUCUUAACAAGUUCUCUUCUGAAGUAAUUGCAGAGAGGCCUUCAAUACCUACUACUGCAAGGAUCAUAUGCGAGCGCCACACCAUCUCUGUUGUCCCGGUGACUCGCGUGACCAUGACUGAUCGUAAUCGCUCCUUCAGUUUCUAUAUUAUUGGAAAUGGAAGAGAGGUUUAUAUGAAAGACUACUAUCCUUCUAGGUUUUGUUGGGGCCUUUGUCCUUGCUUGGAAUGGUUGAAACUAUAAUUGAAAGAAGUGAAUCUGUUUCUUCAUUAUUGGGCUGAGUUUUGUCCCAAGAGUGUUAUGGGAAGAACAAGUUGGUUUUUGUAUAGAAUAUACUGUAUGCUUUCCAAGAAUAAAGGGUUUGUGUUCCUAACAAUAAUAUCAUAAUUGUUUUAUUAGUUAAGGGAGUAAUUAUCCAAUCAUCUAUUUCCAGAUCUCUGUAAUGUAAAACAAUGCAUGCCUUUUGGCUUGAUUCUUUUUUCCUUAGACAAACAAAUUGUAUAGACUUCAUCAACCA